AUGGACGCGACCAUGGGGAGCAUCGCCCCGACGGGGCUGAAGGGAAAGCUCGCGGCCCUUGAGGAUUUCAUUUCUAUGCAGAAUGAAGAGCUGGCUGCGCAGCGCCAGGAAAUCGAGAGCCUCCGUGGUGACAAGGCUGGCAUCGAGGAGCACUACCAGGGCCAGCUGCAGGAGCUGAAGAAGACCAUGGUCGGGGACGUGCAGCGCCUUCAGGAGCAGAAAAUGCUCGCCGGCCUCGGCUCGCUUUUGACAACAUCGCUUGGCGGCUCACUCAUCGUUGAGAUGAUGGCCAGGUCCUUGCAGCAGCAGAUUCUCGGGCUUCAGCGGCGAAUUCAAGAAAUCGAAGAGCAGGCCCAACCUUUUCCGCGACGGGUCGCUUGUCGCAGGGCUGGCGAGUCGAGAUUUCAGCUGGAAGGCUCCAGCUCCAGACCCGCCAUGGACGCGACCAUGGGGAGCAUCGCCCCGACGGGGCUGAAGGGAAAGCUCGCGGCCCUUGAGGAUUUCAUUUCUAUGCAGAAUGAAGAGCUGGCUGCGCAGCGCCAGGAAAUCGAGAGCCUCCGUGGUGACAAGGCUGGCAUCGAGGAGCACUACCAGGGCCAGCUGCAGGAGCUGAAGAAGACCAUGGUCGGGGACGUGCAGCGCCUUCAGGAUGAGGUAAAGCGGCACUUUGCUCAACAGAAAGCAGAAAAUGCCCGUCUGCAGCAACAGAUUACGACCUUGAAAGGCGAGAAGACGUCCCUGCAGCAGCAGAUUUUGGGUUUGCAAAGGCGGAUCCAGGAAAUCGAAGAGCAGGCUGCCCAAGAGUGCACUACCUUGUGGACGUUAUGUGAGAUGGUUGGACUCAUGGUCGGCACUUCGUUUGCUUCAAAUGAUGCAUGGAAUGGUGUGCCAUGGCGUGCCGUUUCCGGAGCCUGGUUAUUGAGCUCAGCUAAUGCCUCCCGGGCCGACUCCAAGACUUCGAUGUCUGAUGACGACCUCGUACAGGUCGGGAAGGCCCUGAGCUCGCUGAAAGACAACGAGCGCUUUCACGGAGUCCUGCAGCAGCCUUCUGUGUCGAAGGCUGUCCGACAUUGGGCUGGCAUAGAGCGGCUCUCACCUGAGGAGUGCGAAGACUGGCAGUCGGACGGGCAGAUCAUGUUCGUUCUCGCAGAGUUGCGUCGUUUGGAACACUGCUGCCGAAAAGCAGGAAUGAAGGACAGGCCCAGUGCAGCCUCGGACAACCCUGGCGAUAAAGUGGAGGAUCCACCCAGCAAGCGCCAGAGGACAGAAGAAGGUGCAGCCACAAGAGCUCCAGACUGCAAGAGCAUCGACCCUGCAACUAGAACGUGGCAACAUGAUGAGCCUGCACCGGCAAAGCUUGCUGGCGAAGACUGGGAAGAGCACCGCUCAAAAGUAGGGCUCCAACUGAUGGGGGAGAUGCCCAGCGCAAAUGCUUCAUUGAAUUAUUUCCUCAAGGAUGAGUCCAGGCGGAGCUUUGCCGCCCACUUGGCAAAUCCAUUCGGCCAGCAGUUUUGCGCGUCCUGGUUUGCCAAAGUGCGGGUUGGUACGAAGUGGCUGCAGCCAAACUCAUGGUGGGGACCAAUGCCUCGCAAAACGGCUUGGAUGGUUGCCAAAGGACAUACUUGCACAUACGAGUAUGGUGGAAUGGAAGUGCAGCCAAUAGAGUAUCCUGUUUGGAUGGUUGAACUCAUGCAGAGUGUCAUGCCUCACUGCGGCCUGACGGAAAUCAAAGACAUGCCCAACAGCUGCAACCUGAACCUCUAUGAAGAUGGUAAGCAGAUGGUAGGUUGGCACGCAGACGACGAAGAGCUUUUUCAAGGCAAAAGCAAGGACUGCAGGAUCAUCUCCUUGUCCUUGGGAGCGUCCCGUCAGUUCGAGUUAGAACUCAACUGGCCUGGACCGGAUGAGUCGAUCGGAGUCGUGCAGACGCUUUCUGACGGUGACAUCUGUACGAUGGAAGGCAUGACGCAGAAGCAUUUCAUGCAUCGUGUGCCCGAGGAAGAGACGCCUGUCGGACCACGUAUCAACCUGACUUGGCGAUGGAUUGCCAAGCCACGAGACUCCUCUAAGAAACAGGAGGAGAAGGUGCCGUUGCACACGGUGCUCGCCUGUGAGGAUGAGCUGCCUUUGCCGGAUGGAAGGAGACUGCGUGGUGGAAAGCUUGAGAAUGCUGCGGUGCAAUCAACACUGGAGGAUUUGCCAGAUCUCCCGCCCGUCGAUCCUGGAGCAUGGAGGAGGACUCUUGUAUGGCAGCUUGUCACGAUGGUUCUGGCAGCUGUGUUGGCACGAGUAGGCGUCUGGUACCAAGAGGACGAGUUCGCCAAGCUUGCGAUGAAUGCAACCAGCGGAGUCGGCAGCCAAGGAUUCGGCGGUUUUCCUGAGUGCGCAGCGAUUAUCUCCAGGUCAACGACGCAGAGCUCUGACAAGACUUCGUCUUCGCAUCCAGGGGGUGAGUGUAAAAGCGGUCUCGGGCCGCUGCAGGGUCUCGGACAUGUGACUUGCCAGCGGGUGUGGAAAUGCGCCGCGGCCUGGAGAAGAAAUUGA